AUGUACGAGCUCUCGCUCCUCGCCAUCGUGGCGGACAAGGACGUGCCGCGGGCAUGCAACGUCCUAUCGACCCUCUGCGCCCAAGACCCCUGGGAAACCAUCCACCACGUGCACUUCUUCCGCGCAAAGGACGUCCCUGCGCUGUGGAAGGAGCUGGACCAAGCGCUCGGGCGGCAGUCGUACCACAUCCAGGUGCGGUACGAGGUAGCCAAGGGCGACUUUGGGAACGGGAUACCAACCGACUUUAACGCCGUCCCUGCAACCCUGCGGGGCCUGAUCACGCAGAGGAAGAAGAUUGAGAUUUGGGGCCAGAAGAAUCUCUACAAGAUUCUGAUCGGCAAGCAGUAUGGCUUGAUCUCCGACCAAAUAGAGCAGGCGUACCUCUUCUUCCGUGACGAUGUAGAGUUCACGCUCCAUCGCCACUCUUACCCCCAGCACCCUAGCGUAUCGCCCACGAUACCCGCCAACCCCUUGCCUCCGUGGAGCGGCAUCGUCGAUGUCGACGACAUGCACCACUGGCUGCUGCAGGUCAAGAUGCACGUCAUCCAAGACAACAAGCCCGACGAGGUGCGCAAGGCUCAGGAGCGGCUUCUAGCCAUUAAAAAGGAGCUCGACGGCAUUUUCCAGUUCGAAGUGGUGGACCGGCAGGUGUACGACUCGCGCGUGCCGUUGCAGGCGCAGGGCGCUCCGGCGCCUCUUCCCCAGGUGGUUCGCGCCCAUGAUUAG